AUGGAGGAUUCAGGAGUAUGUGGAGAAGGGAGAAGACAAGUGAAACCCAGGUGGUAUAUAAAUGAGGGUGGCGAUGAGGGCGGACAAGAAAUUAAAGUUCUUGGAUGGAUUUGUUUCUCCAUUUCGGUCACUGUUUUUGCAGCACCUCUAAGCAUUGUGGCACAUGUUAUAAGAACAAAGAGUGUUCAAUUUAUGCCAUUCAAUUUGUCAUUUUUCCUCACAUUAAGUGCGGUUAUGUGGUUUGCAUAUGGUUUAUUUCUCAGUGAUAUAUGUAUUGCCCUACCAAAGGUGUUGGAUUUUGCACUUGGGGUACUUCAGAUGCUGCUAUAUGCCAUAUACAGAAAUGGAUCUAAAUCCAAGGUCACCAUGACUAAACAUCAUAGCACUCAUCUCUCGAACACAACAACUUGCACGAAGACCCAACAUAUAUAA